CAGCGGCCGCAGCACUCCCGGCUCUUCCCCAGCCGCCAGGCAGGGGCCCCCCACGCCUCACUCGAGGCUCUGAGGGCCCCCCCCCUCCCGCCUCAUUUCCAGCCUCGCUUCUGCUGCCGCCCCACGGUCUCCACGGUGCGCGCGGACGGACAGACGCACGGGCCCAAUGGCAGCCCCACCGUCCGGCGCCACGACCUGUGCCCUGCACGAUGAGCAGAGCGGCCAGGACUGCGUGGACGGCGUCCAGCUGGGAUACCUGGUGAUCAAAGACGUGCAGAUGUUCGCCCUCUCACAGGUAUUCACGGACCUGCUGCAGAACAUCCCGCGCACGACUGUGCACAAGCGCAUGGACCACCUGCACGUGCAGAAGCACCAGUGCGACCUGGAAGAGCUGCGCAAGCUCAAGGCCAUGAAGUCCAUCGCAUUCCACUCGGCCAAGUGCACGCUUAUCUCGCGCUCCGACAUGCUCGCACUCUACACGUCCUGCAAGCUCGAGCCUGUGCUCAAGACCAAGAAGAGGCGCAGGAAGAUGGUGCCCCAGCCGCAGGCGCCUAACGCCAGCGCUCCCGCGCCACACAAGGCCACCGCCGUCCCCGGACCCACCGACGCCAAGAAGAGGAAACUGGCCGGGAUGGAGUCGCAGCAGCUUUUAAACGGCAGUGGAGGUGGUAGCAGUGGGGGAGACUGCGGGACGUUUGAGGCAUACGGCUCUGAUGUAAUUUUUCCGGGAAGUAACGGCUGUGGUGGUGGUGGUGGUGGUGGCGUGCAUUUGGACCCCACACUGUUAGAGGCAUCGGAACGGCGCGGGGUCCAUGAGGUGCCAAGGGGCGGCAUCAAGGGAGACCACAGCACAGACGGACGUCAGGCGGGGAUGGCCUGUUGGAGCAGCGCGUCCAAGGAGGUGACUGGUCAACCGUGGGCCUACGAGCGGCUGUUCCUGAAGAAGAACGUGUACGCUGGCAGCGGCGGCACAAAACAAGUCAGCCAUACCGGGAGAGCGACAGGAAUUGGCAGCGGCGGUGGCAGCGGUGGUGGGGCCGCUAUGUCCACCUACAAACAGGCGACGCUGCCGAAUCAGCCAUUCUUGGAGAGGCACUCGCUCAAGGGGUUUCAGAAUGGCUACGUCAACGGGAAGGCGGCACUGGCGUACGACACGUGCGAGCGGGCCCACACAGGCUGUUGCGCCCCCACGUGCAGCUCCUCCUCCGCGGCCCGUGCCGCCGACGACCGGCCGGAAACAGUGAUAGCAGCGGCAGCUGCGGGGCACGAGGCCACCGUGGACCCCUACGACUCCUGCUCCGACGACGACGAAGACGACGACAACGAAAGCCUGACGAGCCCGAACUCGGCCUGCAGCUCCGGCACGUCCGAGUCCGGCUCGGUGUCCAGCGUUUCACUGUCGCCGUCGCCGAUGCCACCGCCGCCACCCGUGCCCAGCACGCCGAUUGUGCUGAGAAAGCAGGAUGAGAGCUGGACGCUGAAGCAUUAUACAAGCGGCACGCCGUCCAACAGGCUGACGCCGCAGUCCUCCACCGGCGUGGGCUUCUCGGCGUUCACCCGGUUGGGUGUUGGCAAUGAAAUGGCCGGCGGCGGCGGGAAAGUCUCUUCUGCCAUGAAGGAGAAGGCGGGAUUCGGUCACAGCAACGUCAACGGGUAUUCCGACCGCCCUGACGUGGUCAACAAGGGCAGUGCCGUCGGCUCUGAAAGCGCCACUUUUCAGCCAAUAGUGACGUUUGAGGAGCAGCAGAAGGAGGUUCCGGAAGGGGUUUUUUUUGGAAAUGCGAGGCAGCCCCCUGCCGCGCCUGUCGCCGCUGCUGCCGCUGUUACCGAAGCUUCGCUCAGACACCUCUCUAAAGACAGAGCGCGACGAGACGCACGGCCCUCGGUGAGCCGUCGGAAGGUGAAGAGGAGGCAGAGCGACAAGAGAGCUCACGGUGAGAAUUCAGACCGGCGACGAGCCAGGAGCUCCAGUUACGCGAGGAGGAGAAUAAGAAGAGAUACAGUCGGGGCCAGCACCAGCUCAACCAUCAACAUCGGCGGCGGAGUCACUGUCGAAAGGUCGGCCAGGGGCCGACCACCUCUGGCACGAUCGGCCAAGCAGGGUGAGCUGCCCCAGCAUUGCCCAUCACCGGCGCAGAUGGCCUCGGGGCAACGGCUGCCUGUACAGCCACGCCGUAGGGCGACCGCCCCGAGGAGGAGAAGGAGGUCUGAGCGCGACAGGAAGACACUGCGGGCAAGCGUGGCCGCGCAGAGGAGACGGGGGACGGCGGCGCCAGCAACGGGAGUCGGCGCCGGCACGCGCCGGUCGACGGAUGCCGACGUUUCGACGGCACCGCUAGGAGUGAGGGGCGCCGCCCAUAAGCAUCCGGGUGGCGCCGCUGCCGGAGCGGCCGCGGCCGCCGCCGCCGCCUCCUCCUCCUCCUCCGGCCUGCGUUCCUUCAGCUUCCUAUCCAACUUCCCACCUCCGCCGUCGCUCGUGCUGGGAGACGACGGGGACCUGAGUCCCGCGUACUCGGUCAGCGCCGGCCGCUUUGGCGUGCCGCCGCAGAAGCCAGUGGCGCCCUGGGGCUGGCAGGUGGGGAUCCUGCUGCCGCCGAGCCACAAGUUCCGUCGCUUCGUUCCGUGACGGCGUUUGGUUUUUCCCCACGUAGCCGUGUCUGCAUGGGCCGCUCUUUUACCAUCUCUGUUGUACCACCAUGCGGCUUUUUGUUGUUGCUGACGGCUCGCAUUCCUCGCUUUCUCAAAAAGUGCUUCAAGAAACGAGGAUGGGUUGAGGUAUUGGUGGGCUCUGGGUUCUCUCUCCUUACAACCAUGGGAACAUUUUUGGGUGCCCUUGAUGUAAACGAUCACAGAUGGCAGUUCUGACAAUUUUGGUGGCGUAUACUUUAAACCAUCAGUAUGAUGUGAUACAAAGAUUGUAUCAAAUUUUGUGUCACAUUAACAAAAGUUGUCUCCCUGCUGAAAUGAGCAAUGGGGCAUGAAGCUAAUCCCCAUCGCCAGCCCUAAGCCAGCAGUGGGAAUUCCACAUUCUCAUGGUGGCAGCUUUUUUCUCCAUAGAAUGCCCACUGUUGACCUACCAAAAAGUGGUACUUAUUUUAAAUGCCUUGGAAAGACAAUGUGCCGAGUCGACCCCUGACUUGGAUUUCAAAUUGUGUCUUUAUAGUCUUUGCCGAGACCCCUAAGGGUUUUUGAAAGUCCGCUUGUCGCCUCUGAUAUUUGGAGCAACUAAUUCUCUCAUUCCUCAACAGAGUUGUUACAAAGUGUCCCUUUAAAGUUUUAUUGGUCUUUUAGUGGGCCAAAGAUUCGAUAGGAAAAAAAAAUGUCCCACUAAAAUCUGUACUUCGAGUCGAUCGGUCUUCUCUGAAUGAUGUGCUAAUUUUUUUUUGUACUUGUGAUCAUGUAACUUAAAAUGCGCGUGCGCUCUCCUGCGCGUGGCGGUGACGAAGUAGUCGACAGAACCGUCCACGUUUAGCGACGGACACCCCGUUAGGCACGACGUCGCAUCUGCGCGUAAUUCACCUGAAGCGGGUUUGCAUAUCUAGGGGACACGAGCAUCAUUAGGAGAAGGGGGGGGGGGUGGUCCAUAUGUUUCAAGCUUGACGACUGCACAAAAGCAACAGUGUUAAAUGCGCCGCAGCUGUAAAGGGUCCAAAGUACUCGAGUCUGACGUGAUAGAGUUAGGAUGAGGCACUCUUCUUGUGGUGUCACAUACACUAAACAGUAUGUGCAUAUACAUGUGUGUAUUAUACUGUGGGCAUGCAUAUACAAUGUGUUUAUGUAUGUGUGUGUGUAUGUGUGUGUGCAUUGUAUAUACUAUACUGUAUAUAUGAAUAUGCUGUAUAUGUAUAUUCCAGUAAGAGGAACUCAGCUUUUAUUCGUUGAUUACCAACGCUCACGGUCGUGAGUGUGCGAGUUGAAUCCCCAGCCAGGGUUGACCCGACCCCAUCAUCAUCAUCACCAACUCCUCUCCAGGGUCGAUAAAAUAUCUAAAUAAGCACCGCUUGCAACAACGAAUGGGAAGUCAAAAGUGGUUGUUCUCUGUUAAACUGAACUCUGUCAUGGGAAUGUGGAAUUUCUACCACACGCUUAGCACCAACACUGCAGACACUUUGAGCUACGGUAAUGAAUAUGCAGUUGUCUUCCGUCUGUUUCGGAUGCGUGUGUAGUGUACAUAAUACUGUAGUGUAGAGUCAUGUGUGGAUCUAAAUUUUUUUACCCGCGACCUGACCUGAGUCGUGACUUCCUGACCCGGCCCCCGAACCGCAAGCCGUAAAGACGACUUCGUUCCGACCCCGAAAACAAGCUGGUACCCAAACCGAUGCAGGACUCUACUGUAGUGUACUGUAUUAGAGUAUAGAAUAUAACGUUUUAUGUACUUACGUAUGUUGAACUUCUUUCGCACCGUACGCAGCCAAACACGCUCAUCGGAGGUGCGGGGGAAAGGACAACAGACUAAACACAAAAAGCGGUUCUAAUGAAAUA